AAGGAGAUAAAAACCAAGGCGAGAGAGAGAGAGAGAGAGAGAUUUGAAAAGGCCAGUGCAGGUCAGAAUUCCACCACCCACGUCCUCUCUCUCGCUGCUGUAAGCCUUCCACCUCUGUAGACGACGAGGAGGGCACGCUCCACCUCCGAUUCAGUUCCGAUUACUGAUUCCAAAUUUAGUCAAAGCCGUCGAUUCAUUUUUGUCUAUCCUCGGAUUUUCACAUUCUUAUUAUUUCUUUGCUGUAUGCAUUAUUUGGAACUUUUAUCACCUGAGAUCGAUUGGCGUGACACGAAAUUCUGAACCCUUAAAUUUUACUCCGAACCUCAAAAACCCUUAUCUUCGAAUAACUCUUUCUACCUCAAUUACGCCCAGAUCUGGGAAACUUAAAUUGACGAAACAUGGAUGAUGAGUUUCCUGGUCUGUUGGCGAGGGAUUUUGGGCACAGACCUCAAGGAAAAUCGGCUCCCAUGUCAGCAUCAAAGAGUACUGGUGGCCUUAGCAGCGGUGGAAACCUAAAUUUCGGUAUCGGAUCAGGGGGAGACUCAAGAUCGUCCUCAGUCUCGUCUAACCGUUCAAAAUCGGCCUGGACUUCGAAUUCCGCUGGUGGGUCUUUCCUUGACGAUCAUGAUGGGCUCUUUGGUUCCACAGGGAAUCAGAAAACCCAAAAUUCUGGAGGUUUUGGGAGUUCCGACGAUGUGUUUGGUGGCCCUCCUAAGUAUGAUAAUCGAGGGGAAACUCGUGGUGGUGCCUCUUCAGCUUCUUCAUUCGAUUAUGAUUCUAUAUUUCAAGGAUCGAAGGAUUCGGGCUCAAAGUUUUCAUCUUUGCCAGUUUUUGAUAAGCCUAAGUAUGAUGAUGACGACGAUAUAUUCCAUGGGUUGCCGGGAGUGAAGAACUCUUCUUCUACUGCAAAGAAGGAUGAUGUGUUCGCGUCAAUCUCUUCGCCUCCGAAACAGAGUGCUCCAUUUGAUGAUCUAUUGGGGAGCUUUAUUCGAAAGGAUCCGGAUUCUAAGAGUUCGAGUGGAAGGAGAUCGGAAGAAGUAGGGAAGGAUUUUGAUGAUUUAAUACCUGGGUUUGGUGGGAGCAGUCCUCUGAAGAACAGAGCAACUUCAGAGGCCAAUCAGCCUCAACAGUCUACUGCUCCUUCAACUAAAUCAACUUCCAGAAUGAUGGAUGAUCUCUUUGUAGUCUCAGAACCAACUUCUUCACCAACCUAUCCACCCUCAGGCUUGUUUGCUGAUCCUCUGGAGCAAAUGAGUAAGCCCAACAAUUCUGGAAGUGCGAAAUUUGUUGGUUCAGCAGGUAGUGGGACAGUAUUAGAUGAUAUGGAUCCCCUUGAUAGCCUUGGGAAAUCUGUUCCCCUGUUUUCAACUGAGGUGAAUAAAAAAGGGAGGGAGAAAAGCCCUUUAAGGGCAGGUAGCAUGGAUGCUUCUGCUGGCAAAGAGUCGAAUGAGAAACCUUAUGUGAGGGCAUCUGAGAAUGCGUCACAAAAGAAGGUGCCUGUUGACAAUUAUCGGGAAUCUCAUCAAACCCUCUUUGACAUUCCCAGUGGUUCAUCAAAUUCUAAUAAACCUACUGGCUAUGCUGGUUCUCGCCCUUCUUUUGUAAAUGCCAAUUCUAAUGGGACAAAUUCUCAGGCAGACAUGUCUCCAACAUCUGAAGAGAAUCUGGAAGCAGCUGAUGAUGUAUGGUUGACUGUCUCUGAAAUCCCUCUUUUUACACAACCUACAAGUGCUCCACCACCUUCAAGACCACCUCCUCCUAGACCAGCACAAGUUUCGAAAAGAGAUAAAAGUUCUUUUGCACCUGUAAAUAUGAAAAAGAAAGUUAGUGAGCUCCCCACUUUUUCGCAUUCCACUCAGAGCUUCCAGAGUCCUAAGACGGUCCCUGAUUCAGCUAAGAGCUCCGGUGUCUCUUCAAUAUAUGAACUUGAAGACUUUGCCAUGGAUAGGUCCCGAAGUAAUGUUGAUGAACAUGCAGACAUUCUAUCUAGUGAGGAAGACAUAGAGACAAACUCAGCUGCUGCUGCUGCUAUGAAGGAGGCCAUGGAUAGAGCUGAGGCAAAAUUCAAGCAUGCUAGGGAAGUAAGAGAGAGAGAUAAUGUGAGGGCUGCAAGAAGUAGGGAGCCUGCCCAGCAAGAUGCUCAUGAGCGAGAACUCAGAGAGAAACAAGAGAGAUUAGAUCGUGAAAGAGAACAGGAGAGAGAGGAGAAAGAAAGAGAACAAAGGAGACUUGAGAGGGAGAGAGAAAGGGCUCGGGAGAUUGAAAGAGAGAAGGCCAGACAAGCUGUGGAGAGGGCUACUAAAGAAGCACGUGAGAGAGCAGCUGCUGAAGCUCGCUUAAAAGCUGAAAGGGCUGCUGUUGAAAGGGCAAAAGCUGAGGCACGUGAACGUGCAGAACGAGCUGCUGUUCAGAGGGCACAAGCUGAAGCUCGUGAAAGGGCAGCAAUUGACGCGAGGGAGCGAGCAGAAAGAGCAGCUGCAGAAGCCAGGUUGAGGGCAGCUGCAGAAGCAAGGGAGAAGGAGGCACAAGAGAGAGCUGCUGUUGCAAGGGCUGAAGCAGAAGUACGGCUUAGAACAGAACGAGCAGCUGUUGAAAGGGCUGCUGCAGAGGCUCGAGAAAGGGCUGCUGCGGAGGCUCGAGAAAGGGCAGCCGCUGCAGCUGCUGCAAAAGAAAAUCAGCAAAAGAAUGAUAAUGAUCUCGAGUCUUUCUUCAAUAAUAUGGGUGCUCGGCCAAGCAGUGCACCAAGACCAAGGCCUAAUUCUUCGAAUCCAUUUGAAACCCAAUUUCAAAAUAAGGGAGGGUCCGAAGCUGUGCGUAGAACAUCUUCUGGAACUUCAUCCACCAUGAAGAAGGCAUCUUCCUCCACAAAUAUUGUUGAGGACCUUAGUUCAAUUUUUGGGGGGACAUCCUCUCCAUCUAGGGAAUUUCGGGAAAUUGACGGGGAGAGUGAGGAAAGACGGAGAGCCAGAUGGGAGCGUCACCAGAGGACUCAGGAGCGCGCAGCAAAAGCACUGGCUGAGAAGAAUCAGCGUGACCUUCAGAUUCAGCAUGAACAAGCAGAAAGACAUAGGAUUGCUGAAACGCUGGACAUUGAGAUUAAGCGUUGGGCUGCAGGGAAGGAAGGCAAUCUGCGUGCUCUGCUAUCAACAUUACAAUAUGUGCUUUGGCCUGAAUGCGGUUGGCAGCCUGUUUCUUUGACUGAUUUGAUCACUGGUGCCUCAGUUAAAAAGGUUUACAGAAAAGCAACCUUGUGCAUCCAUCCCGAUAAGGUGCAACAGAAAGGUGCUAAUCUUCAACAGAAAUACAUUGCAGAGAAGGUGUUCGACCUUCUUAAGGAAGCCUGGAACAAAUUCAAUUCAGAGGAACUUUUCUAAAUUCUUUGCUUAUUAUUUUAUUCUGAGCUGCUUCAUCUGGUAAUUGCACGAGUUGGUGGGGCAACAAUACAGGAGUGAUGGUAGGAUGUAUGAUUUCUCACUACAAUCAUGCAUUUGGCUUGGUAUCACAUUAUGCCAUUUGCUAUACAGGUUUCCUUCUGAACUACCAAGGUGCCAAAGGUACAGACUUCUUUUUGAUUUUGUUGAUGUAAAUUGAUGUUGUUUAGGGGAAAUGUACGGCUCAAAUCUAAGUUAAUGUUGAAAUCGGAAUGGCUGAUCAUUGUAGAGUAUUCAUAUCCAUGGAUAUAUCAUAAGCCAUCUGUUUGAGUUAAUUAGUUCCUUCAUUAAUUUUUUUGAGUGCUUGAUUGAUUGAACAGAUACCAAUGUUUUUAUUGGUAUCUUUGUAAUAUCAAAAUAGACUCAGCAAUUUUUGUUUCUUGAAUUGAGAAAUUGAAUGUGCAGUUUGGACCCUAUGU